AUGUCACCGUAUACGUACGACCACUCACCGGGUAACGUUGAAAGUUUACUCGCAGAGCUGCGCAAGCAUGGCAUUGAAUACACGCUUGAUACCCACGAGCGCGAUGCCAAAGCCAACACCACGCACUCGCCCGCCGCACCUCGCGAGACACCGUUGGCGGUUCUUUUCCCUACUUCAACACAGCAAACAUCGAUUAUCCUCAAAUCGUGCAACGACCGGCUGAUUGCCGUCACGUCGUUUUCCGGCGGAACGAGUUUCGGCGGCGCACUCACGGCGAGCCGUAAUGGCGUAUGCGUUAGUUUUGAGCGCAUGAAAGAGAUUAUCGGAGUGCAUGAAGAUGAUAUGGAUGUUGUUGUGCAGCCGGGAUUGGGAUGGAUGGAGCUAAAUGAAAAUUUGGAAAGUAAGGGCUUGUUUUUUCCAGUCGAUCCUGCGCCUGGGGCGAAGAUUGGGGGGAUGAUAGCAAUGUCUUGCUCAGGCACAAACGCCUACCGCUACGGCACCAUGAAAGAAAAUGUCAUUUCUCUGACUUGCGUGCUGGCAGAUGGCCGCAUAAUAAAAACUCAUAAUCGGCCUCGCAAAUCCUCUGCAGGAUACGACAUUACUCACCUUCUCAUUGGCUCCGAAGGCACUCUCGGACUCGUCACAGAAGCCGUGCUGCGCCUUUCCCUACUCCCCAAGAACCUACACGUGGGUCUCGCCACGUUCCCUUCUUUCCAGUCCGGCGUGGAUUUCGUUGUCGAACUCCAGAAAACAGGGCACGUGCUGGAAGCCUUGGAGCUAGCAGACGGCCCGCAAAUGCAGUGCGUCAAUGUCUCGCGUCUAUCUAGCAUGGAGUGGGCUGAGAUUCCAACUCUGUUCUUCAAAAUCGCGGGACCGUCGAUCGAGCGUGUGUGGGAGCAACAGCGUAUCGUGGACGCGUUGUGUCGCAAGCAUUCCGCGGGUAGGUUCUACGUCGCAUCUCAAGAAAAAGAUGGUGAGAGCACAAGCGCUAUUUGGGCAGCGCGGAAAUGCAUGGGACAAGCACUUGUUUGUAUGAAGAAGAGUCCCUCGGACGUGUUUCUGCAUUCAGACUGCGCGGUUCCUAUAUCCAAACUUUCAGAUCUCGUUCAGGGCACGCAGUCACUCAUUUCCAAGGCUGCUGCUGCUGCGACGGGUAACCAAGGAGGUUGGUUCUGCGCUAAUGUUGGACAUGUUGGGGAUGGCAAUGUGCAUUCUGCGAUUAUCUGUCCGGCAGCUGAUCGCCGGGCUGCAGAGGCGGUGUUGAGGGAUGUGGCGAGGUUGGCGCUGAGUCUUGAAGGUACAAUCACGGGAGAGCAUGGUGUUGGAUUGGAGUUGAGGGAUGCAUUAGAAGAAGAGGUUGGGAAGAGUGGGGUUGAGAGUAUGAGGGCGAUUAAGGUGGCGUGGGAUCAGAAGGGGAUAUUGAAUCCGGACAAGGUUUUUAGGCUCGAGGGCGGGAGGAUGGAGAAACUUUGA